CGGAGGGACGCUUGCCCGCCGCUGCCGGCCAGAGCCAUCGCGGGCACCGCCUGGGAGCAACCUGUCAGCGCACCUCGUAGGCCGUCCCCGAAGGACCCUUCCCACGCGUCCGUGUGUCCCCGAGAGAAGGAGAGUUUGAAGCCCUCUCCAUGCCUUAUCAAGUUCCUUAUCUCACUGGCGGCCAGAAAUUGUAGACCAGUUCAGCUUUAUCUGGUGUAGGGGAGGAAAGCAGUAUAGCUGUCAUACCCCAUCCUAAAUCGAGGACCACCUAUUCUGAUCUGGUUUAAUAUCUGAAGAUGGUGAAAUGCGGAUUGCCUUGUGAAGCGGCUAGAUCCCUGUUGUGGAGCGAGGGCUUCGUAUUCACCUUCCAACUCCUGAUCUGUGCGCUUUGAGAGGGGACGCUAAUCCUUCUCCCUCAUCCCCCUUCCCUAAACCUUUCCUUGCUUCCAUGUUGCAUCGGUCAGAAUUUUGGUCAGUGUUGUUUACGGAAGGGGGGGGAGAAAGAAGGCAGUUGAGGUUACAAACAAAAGUACUUGUAUGACUCAUCUACUGGGAUUUAAGACAUUCUAUCCUUCUUUCAAGGAGCCUUUGCAUCUCUUUGAAGGAAUCAGAUGCUUGUUCCUAUUCUUCCAGAGGAGGAUGGAUUGAAAGUUGUACAUUUUAGACUUUUUUUGAGCCACUGCUGAUAUUAUUAAAAGACAUAAUGGGGCUUUUUCACUGGAUUAUUGCCAGAAUUAGUUUACACACUGAAACAAUGAGUUGUUAGGCCUCUCAUAUGAUAAUGUUUGUCCUGCUUUAAUAUAAAGUUGCUGUGGAGGUUUGGGUUAAAAAUUGUGGAGGACAGUCUGCAUCAGAAGAGGCUCUCUUCAUCUCUGGUUGGUGUGGCAACCCCAAUCUGUCCUCGAUGCCUUCAGCCUUGGCCAUCUUCACUUGCCGCCCGAACUCUCAUCCAUUUCAGGAGCGUCAUGUCUACCUGGACGAGCCCGUCAAGAUCGGCCGCUCAGUGGCUCGCUGCCGGCCAGCUCAGAAUAAUGCAACUUUUGACUGUAAGGUGCUGUCCAGGAACCAUGCUCUUGUCUGGUUUGAUCACAAGACAGGCAAGUUCUAUCUUCAAGACACUAAAAGUAGUAAUGGUACCUUUAUUAAUAGUCAGAGACUGAGUAGAGGAUCUGAGGAAAGCCCACCAUGUGAAAUUAUGUCAGGUGACAUCAUCCAGUUUGGUGUAGAUGUGACGGAGAACACGCGGAAAGGUAAGGUUACCCAUGGAUGUAUAGUCUCCACAAUCAAACUGUUUCUUCCAGAUGGAAUGGAAGCUCGAUUGCGAUCAGAUGUUAUCCAUGCUCCAUUACCAAGUCCUGUUGACAAGGUUGCUGCUAACACUCCCAGUAUGUAUUCUCAGGAAUUGUUUCAGCUUUCACAGUAUCUACAGGAAGCCUUACAUCGGGAACAAAUGUUGGAACAGAAGCUGGCAACCCUUCAGCGACUACUUGCUGUCACGCAAGAGGCUUCAGAUACUAGUUGGCAGGCUUUAAUAGAUGAAGACAGGCUGCUAUCAAGAUUAGAGGUUAUGGGAAAUCAAUUACAGGCAUGUUCAAAGAAUCAAACAGAAGACAGUAUACGAAAAGAGCUUAUAGCAUUACAAGAAGACAAACACAACUAUGAGACAACAGCCAAAGAGUCCCUGAGGCGGGUCCUUCAGGAGAAAAUUGAAGUGGUCAGAAAACUGUCUGAAGUGGAGCGGAGUUUAAGUAAUACAGAAGAUGAAUGUACUCACCUGAAAGAAAUGAAUGAGCGGACUCAGGAAGAAUUACGAGAAUUAGCUAAUAAGUACAAUGGAGCUGUAAAUGAAAUUAAAGAUCUUUCUGACAAGCUAAAGGUAGCAGAAGGAAGACAAGAAGAAAUCCAACAGAAAGGACUGGCUGAGAAAAAAGAAUUGCAGCAUAAAAUAGAUGAAAUGGAAGAGAGAGAGCAAGAGCUUCAAGCAAAAAUAGAAGCUUUGCAGGCUGAUAAUGAUUUCACCAAUGAGCGGCUAACUGCUUUACAAGUACGGUUAGAACACCUUCAAGAGAAAACUCUUAAAGAACACAACAGCUUAGGCAUACAAGUUGACGACUUCAUACCUAAAAUUAAUGGGAGCACAGAGAAAGAGCACUUUCUUUCAAAGAGUGGAGGGGACUGCACUUUUAUUCAUCAGUUCAUAGAAUGUCAGAACAAGAUCAUAGAUGAAGGACAUCUAACCAAAGUGGAAGAAACAAAGCUUUUGAAAGAGAAUCAAGCAAGAGUCAAAGAAUCUGAUUUGUCGGACACUCUUAGUCCAAGCAAGGAAAAAAGCAGCGACGACACUACAGAUGCCCAAAUGGAUGACCAAGAUCUAAAUGAACCUAUUGCUAAAGUAUCUCUUCUAAAAGAUGAAUUGCAGGGUGCACAAUCAGAGACUGAGGCUAAACAAGAAAUUCAGCAACUGCACAAGGAGCUGAUUGAAGCCCAAGAGCUAGCUAGGACAAGUAAACAAAAAUGCUUUGAACUUCAAGCGCUGUUGGAAGAAGAGAGAAAAGCAUAUCGAGUGCAAGUUGAAGAAUCUAACAAGCAAAUAAAUGUUCUGCAAGCUCAGUUGCGAAGGUUACAAGAAGAUAUUGAGAAUCUUCGUGAGGAGAAGGAGAACGAAAUUUCAAGCACACGAAAUGAAUUAGUCAGUGCUCAAAAUGAGAUUCUGUCACUUCAACAAGUAGCAGAAAAGGCAGCAUCAGAACGAGAUACAGAUAUUUCUGCAUUGCAAGAUGAGCUGCAAACAGUGCGAGCAGAACUUGAACGGUGGCGGAAAGACGCCUCAGAUUAUGAGAAAGAGAUUGUCAGUCUGCAAGCCAGUUUUCAGCUCAGAUGUCAGCAGUGUGAGGAUCAGCAGAAGGAAGAGGCUACUCGCUUAAAAGGUGAACUUGAAAAGUUGAAGGCAGAGUGGAGUGCUCUGGAAGCCGAGUGUGUUACACUAAGGAAGGAAAAUACUUUGCUUACAUCUGAACUUCAACGACAAGAGAAGGAGCUUUCUAGCUCUCAGGAACAGAGUUUAGCGCUAACCAGCGAUAUAAGUGUUCUUGAAAUGUCUCGAAAGGAACUUGAAAAUCAGAUGGGAUCUUUGAGAGAAAAACAUCAACGGGAUGCAGCUAGUCUAAAAAGCCAACUCAGUGAAGCAGAGAGUCAAGCAAAAGAUGUUCAGAAAGAGUAUGAAAGAACACAGACUGUGCUCUCAGAGCUGAAGGCGAAGUACGAGAUGGCUGAACAAGAAAAUCAGUCACUUGCAGAAGAGCUCAAACAAUGUAAAGAAAACCUGAAGCUGCUACAAGAAAAAGGAAACAACAGACAAUGGCCUUGGAUGCCUGUGAUGGCAGCUUUGGUUGCUGUAACAGCCGUCGUGCUGUACCCAGGCCUAACCAGAGCUUCUCCAUGAGAACUGUUGUUGAAUCCAUACACCGUCCUCCCUUUAGAAGCUGGCAACAUUCAUAUACUGAGGGAAAACAGAUUAAUUCUCUUCCUUUUUACCUCUUAAUACAGCACAGCUCUGCGUGAGAACAGCAGUAGGGUCAUUUGCUUUAAACUGUAUAAAAUGUAUCUGUCUAUAAAGAGGGAAUAAAAUUGUGAUUCAUCA